AGCGGCUACGGACUGCAUGUGAUCGCUGCACUGAACGGUCAGGAUCCCAGACUGACUUCUGAGGGUAACCCCCCUGGGAACCGGAUGAACAAACAGAUUUUGUUGUUUUUCACGUACAGAGGAUUAGUUAGGAAAGGGAAAAGGAGUAAGAGAAGAAAAUGGCCAAUUUUAUAUUACGGAAAGCCGAACCCAAGGACGUUUCUGAAAUACUGCGACUCAUAAAGGAACUCGCGAAAUUUGAGGAAAUGGAAGAACAGGUCAUACUGACCGAAAAAGAGCUGCUGGAGGAUGGAUUUGGGGAACACCCGUUCUACCACUGCAUCAUUGCAGAAGUACCACAGGGAGAACAGAGUGUGGAAGGUUAUACAGUGAUUGGUUUUGCCAUGUACUACUUCACCUAUGACCCGUGGAUCGGGAAACUGCUCUACCUGGAGGACUUCUAUGUCAUGAAGGAGUUCAGAGGAUAUGGAAUUGGUUCUGAAAUCCUUAAGUUACUCAGUGAGACAGCAGUGAAGACUCGGUGUAGCAGCAUGCACUUCAUCGUUGCGGAGUGGAACAAGUCGUCCAUCGAGUUUUAUAAACGGCGCGGGGCGUCGGACCUCUCUCUGGAGGAGGGCUGGAGGCUCUUCGAGAUUAGCAAAGGGAGUCUGCUCAAAAUGUCCACAAAGCAGAAAUAAGAACACGACAGACAGGAUGUGUCAGAGGGAAUGUUUUUUUUUAUUCUCACCUGUUUUCCCU